UAGCUGUUGUCCUAACUACUUGCUGUAGGAGGCACUGCAGCCACGCAACAAUCUUUGCCCGACUUCCACAAAUCCCCGGUUUGAGCAAGAUAUUUGCGAUCCGAGCAAGUCCGCAAUCUCCUUCCUGACGGCCACCUGCGACAUGCUCCAUAAUCAUAAUCUGUGCGCCGCUGCUCUCCCGUUGGGUCUCGUGUACCUAAAGGACGCGUUGCAAAUCUCCGUUCCAAACAUUCCCCGCGCUUAAAUGUAAUUGACGUUGAGUUUCAACAACAGGACGUUUGUCACGUCAGCGUGAUUUAUCUCGUGUAAAUGAUCUCAUGGAAAAUGAAGCUCUCUAUGAUCCUCUUUCGCAGUCUGUGUAUCCGGUCGUCCAUCAGCUAAAAGUUGCACACUUUCACGCGGCAUCAGACGUGGAGAUGAGUCUUAAAAUUUACGGAGCUUGGCGAAUAGACGGCAAGAAGGAUGUGAGACUGAGACAGCAUGCUAAAUAAUGAGGGAGGGGGAGAGAGAGAGAGAGAGAGGCAACGUGAAGCUACUCACACAGCAGUCGGAUGCUGACAUACUCUUGACGACGGAGAGGAUGCGACGCGUGGACCGGUGGAAUCGGCGGCGUGAUCAGACGAGCCGGCAGGAACACAAAAAGGAGCCGAACCGUAGCGACGGCAGAAUUUGAACUGGCGCCGAGCUUGGAGAUCAUGGAUUUUAAUCGGAGCCUUGAGGCUGAGCCAAAGGGCCUGGGAUCGAACGCGAGUACGGACGACGCGGAGUACCCGGAUCCCGAUGCCAGUAAAAUCAUCAUUCCCUCCAUCUACGCCAUUGUCUGCUGCGUGGGCCUGACGGGAAACGGCAUGGUCAUUUACGUCAUUCUCAAGUACGCAAAAAUGAAGACGGCCACCAACAUUUACAUCCUCAACUUGGCCGUCGCCGAUGAACUCUUCAUGCUGAGCGUCCCCUUUUUCGCCACGUCGGCCGCCGUGCGUCGCUGGCCCUUCGGCUCGCUCAUGUGCAGGCUGGUGCUGAGCGUCGACGGCGUCAACAUGUUCACGUCCAUCUUCUGCCUCACCGUGUUGAGCGUGGACCGCUACGUGGCCGUGGUGCACCCCAUCAAGGCCGCCCGGUACCGCCGACCCACCGUGGCCAAAAUGGUCAACGUUUGCAUCUGGGCGCUGUCGCUGGUGGUCAUCCUGCCCAUCAUCAUCUUCGCGGACACCGUCCCGGCCCAGGACGGCGCCGUGGACUGCAACUUCCUCUGGCCGGAGGAGUCCUGGUCCGAAGCCUUUGUCGUCUACACCUUCCUUUUGGGGUUUCUCCUCCCCGUGGGGGCCAUAUGUCUGUGCUACUGCCUCAUGGUGGCCAGGAUGCGAGCGGUGGGCCUAAAAGCCGGCUGGCUUCAACGCCGGACCUCCGAGAAGAAGAUCACUCGCAUGGUGCUGCUGGUGGUGGCCGUGUUCAUCCUCUGCUGGAUGCCCUUCUACGUCAUCCAGCUGGUCAGCGUCUUCCGUGGGCCGCCGGACCCCGUGGUCACCCAGCUUUUCGUCAUCCUGAGCUACGCCAACAGCGGCGCCAACCCCAUCCUCUACGGCUUCGUGUCCGAUCACUUCCGCCGCUCCUUCCAGCGCAUCGCGUGUUUCCGCUGGCUGGAGUCCGGCGCGGACGCCGAGCAGGUGGAUUACCGCGCCGUGGGGGUCAAGGGACGAGCCGCGUGCCCCCGGCUGGAUUUCCCCAAGGACCUCGCCGCCUCUGACGCGCCGUUUCGCAACGGGACGAAUACCUCGCGCACCACCGCCGUGUGAAGACCUCCCCCCAAACGAAAAGUCUGCGUCCAGAGACUAAAUAAAAUCUUCAUCGUGAUUGUGAAUGUUGCGUUCUGUAGUUCCAAAACCGUUUGUGUCUUUUCACUACAACGGAAACAGACUGGCAUCUUGACUUACAAGUGCCCCAAUUUAGUAUUUUUUAAAAACUUGUUUCCAUGUUUGUUCAUACUGUAUAACUGUACCUAAAGUACAGCAUAUUGCCCUUCAAUUGUACGCGGUAGUUGAUCAUGAUUGCAAGUACAGUGCAGUAGACUACAUUGUUUCCAUUUGUUUGUCUGCAUGUACAGUAGAUGGAAAUUCAUGCAAAAUGUUUAUGGACUUGCUGCAGCUUCUUAAAUUGCAAAUAAAAUGACAAAACUCCCCCCCCCCCGAAAAGGACAAAAGAACAGCCUCUGGGUCCGAAAGAAUGACACAUUAGAUUGCCGUCACGUCACUUUUGCAAAGGUGAACUAUUGCGACCGCCUUUUGUUUUGAAAUGCUUCAUCACUUCUCAGCAGGA